UUCCGAGUAUUCUCUCUAUCUCGUUGGGAGGUUAUCUGCUAUCACCACCACCACUACUCCUCCAUGCUCCUCCACUGCCACGUCAGCACUGGUUCCAUAUGGUUGGCCCUCCGCCGCGACCACCAUCACCUCGACGAUACGCAAGAUACAGUUUUUCGCCGCCGGCACAAUGCCAGAUCCGCCUCCCUCUUACUCCGCCAUAACCGGAACCUGGACCAGAAGCAAAAUCUUACCCAAACUCUAGAUAUUGUCUCAUCGCCAGCAACAGAAGUGAGAGCUGUUGACGAUGAAGACCAGUUGAGGCUACUCGAGCUUUCCCUCGUUACCAGACGAACCCCUCAGUUCCCGGGCUCCAUCUAUGCUCAAUCAUCCUCCGACGCUGACGUCAUCUCCUCCCUCCCUCCGCUUCGGACGGUCUCCGUUGGUGACGACGACAGCGAGCGGGAGAUGAUAGCGAAGGCGCUGGAGAUCAGGCGGAAAGUGACGAGGGAGAUAUUCAAGGAAGCCAUGGUGAGGAAAGGCAGAUUCGGCAUCACGUACGCGACGAAUGUAACGGACCGAGUGGACGUCUUCAUCGAUCAUGUGAUGAUCGAGGCGGCGGCGUUGAAGCGGCUGCCGGAGUUUUCGGAAUCGACGUUCAACCUUCGCGCCAAGACUGUGAUAGAAGACUCCAAUGUCGUGCCUCUUAUAAGGUGGUUGAAACACCAUAAGUUUUCGUUUAAUAGAAUUGGGAAGCUCAUAUGCGUGUCAAAGGGAGAUCUUGACUCCAUAAGAAAAACCAUCGAGUGGCUGAAAACCAUUCAUGUGAAGGGCGAAUUUAUGGGAGUUGCUCUGUUGAGAUCUGGGGACAACAUUUUGCAACGCAAGCGUGAGGAACUAGAUGAGAUCGUGGAGUAUCUAGAAAGCAAAGGUGUGAGGAGGGAUUGGAUGGGUUAUGUGGUAGGCCGAUGUCCUGAGUUGCUGUCUUUCACCAUGGAAGAACUGAAAGCACGUGUUGAUUUCUUCUCGAAAAUGGGUAUGGAUGAUAAUGACUUUGGGACGAUGGUCUUUGAUUAUCCCAAAAUACUUGGGUACUUCUCGUUUGAGGAGAUGGAACAGAAGAUUGAUUACCUGGAAGAGUUUGGCCUCAGUAGGGAAGAGGUGGGGAGACUAUUAGCAUUCAAGCCGCACCUCAUGGGGUGUAGUAUUGAAGAAAGAUGGAAGCCUCUGGUCAAAUAUUUCUACUACCUCGGAAUUUCCAAAGAGGGAAUGAAAAGGAUCCUCGUUGUGAAACCGAUACUCUUCUGCAUCGAUUUGGAGAAGACUAUCGCCCCAAAGGUACGAUUUUUCCAAGACAUGGGUAUCCCUAAUGACGCCAUUGGCAACAUGAUAGCGAAAUUUCCUUCUGUACUGACAUACAGCCUCUACAAGAAAAUCAGACCAGUGGUCAUUUAUCUGUUAACCAAUGCCGGGGUAAGUGAGAAGGAUAUUGGCAAAGUCAUAGCAUUGGAUCCGGCUCUUUUAGGGUGCAGCAUAGGGAAGAAGCUAGAGAUCAAUUUGAGAUACUACUUAUCGCUGGGGAUCAGAGUUAAGAAAUUGGGAGAGAUGAUUGCUGACUUUCCGAUGCUGCUUCGGUAUAAUGUGGAUAUUCUCCGUCCGAAAUACAAGUACCUCCGACGAACAAUGAUCCGUCCUCUUCAGGAUCUCAUUGAAUUCCCCAGGUUCUUCAGCUAUUCACUAGAGGGUCGUAUAAUACCAAGAUAUAGGAUGAUGGUGGAGAACAGGGUUAACUUCAAGCUUAAGUACAUGUUGGCUUGCACUGAUGAAGAAUUCGAGAGAAGGGUUAGAGAUAAGGUGGAUCGAAGACAGAGGUUCGAGGCUGGCCUAGACUCCGACGACAAGGAAACUCCUCUCUCUGAUCCCCCGGCGGAGGGAUUGUUGCGGCAGGUGGAUGAUUUAGUGUAAUGGUGAGGUAUAUGUGUAAUAUCAUGUCUUGUACAGACAUCCCAUGUCUUGUGUACAUAGCACUUCAAUUCCAGAGGUUAAAGAAAGGACAAGCCAUCAACUUAUGGAGAAAAA